AUGGACAUGUACACUUUUUCGAACGAAGCAAACAGCGUGAAGGGAAUCCCUGUCAAUGACUCGGAAUCCUCGCUCGUGGGGGAUAAUGUGAAGCUAGAAAUGACACGAUUAAAGUUAAAUAUCCUAGGAAUAUGUGAAACGCGGUGGACGGGCAGCGGUGAGUUCAACAGCGAUAAUUUCAAGGUAUAUGCACCACCGACUGCAAGUAGUGAAGAAGAGAUCGAUGAAUUCUACAACACAUUGGAGAAAGCUAAAACACAGUGUAAGUCGACAGAUGUUACAGUCAUAAUGGGGGACAUGAAUGCAAAGGUUGGAAACGAGGCAGAUGGAGAAACAAUUGACUACAUUGCUAUCAAGAAACGGUAUAGGAGUGCAAUUAAGAACUCAAAGGCAUACCCAGGAGCAGACUGUGGUAGUGAUCAUAACCCAGUCAUAUGCGAGUUAAAGGUUAAGCUUAAGACAAUCAAGAAAGGAAAGACAACACCAAGAAAGGAUUAUAGUGCUUUAUUGAAAAAACAAACCAUUCGAGAAGAAUAUGCGGUGGCUGUGCAAAAUCGAUUUAAUGUGCUUGAAGACCAAAGAAAGUGGGAAACAUUUAAAGAGGCGCUGGUAUCGGUAGCAAAAGAACUUAUACCUAAACGUGAGAAAAAGUCAAAGAGCAAGUGGAUGACGAAUGAAAUCUUGGACAGAAUGCGCUCUAGGCAACAGCUUUAA